AUGUUCGUCGAAGAGAAUGAUCCCAUGACCGAAACGCCAACCGCUUCAUCCUCAAAAGUGCCGCCUAGCCACACCAAAACAUCAAAGGCGGCAAGUCAAGAAGAAACGAAACCGAGGUCAUCAUCAUUUGAUAUCAAUGGUCCACCACCAGUCGAAAAAGAAACUGUCAUGAGCAAAACCUUUAGUUUGUUCGAUAGUUCCUCCAGCAAAAAUCAUGUUCUCCGAAAAAACUCGAAAACCAAUGGUGGAGAAAGGUCGCUGUUCCAGCCUACUGCGGAAACAAAAACAACGAAAAGUGCGAAUGCUAAUACAGACGAUGAAGUUCCGCAUGCUGCUGCUGGAGUGAUUCCAACUGCUGCCGAGGCUCUGCUGUGUCCUGAUUCGGUGGUCGACUAUGUCAUCAAUGCCACAGAUCUCAAGGAUGAAUGUGAUGGCCUAAGAAAUGCGUUCAGCAAGUACUGCGCAGAUACCGAAGGUUCCGAUUCGAAACAAAGCAAACCCGCUCGUCGGUUACAAGAAUCUGAUGAACAUAACAACAAUUCUCAACGCAAAACGAAUCCAGUAUUGAUUUGGGAAAGGCGACUUCGAUAUCUGAUAGAAUCCUUGCAAGAGUGGUGGGGACCUAAUAUUAGAGUGGAGAUCGAUUCUAUUAGCCAAUACAAUGAUGAUUUAUGGAUCAAGGAUACCGAUUCCAUCCACAAAUCACGACGACUCAACGACGCUGCAGAACAAUUUCUAAAAGAAGAGACUUCAGCAGAACUUGGAGAGACCUUGAAGAAUGAAAACGAAGAUGAGCACGCAAAUGAAGAUGAGAACGCAAAUGAAGAUGGAGAUAUUGAUCAACUUCUAGAGGGAGACGAAUCGAAAACGCCAGGAACAGAGAAACCAGUGAAAACGGCUCCAAAGGGUCCCAGAAUGUCAUUAGAUCUUCCCAUCAAGGGCCACCAUCUAUCAGACAAAGCUUUGAGUGAGAGUCUUUUGCUUCAUCAGGAUGAUAGAUCUGUCAUGGCAUCGGUCAAGGCAAUGCAGAAUGCUACAAAUCCAAAUUCAAAUACCACUGAAAAGGCUGCAGCGGUAAAUGCAGCGGCAUCAUUGAAGGCUGUCUCCACCACAACCGAGUUGGUAUCCAGCUUGUUGAACGAUCCCUCUUCUGUAGAAGCAAGAACUUGCUGCACUUCCGUGCUGAGUGUAUUCCAUGAGAUUUGCAGUGUGGACGAAGAGGAAAGCUUAUCCGACAGGCAGCUAUUUAUCAGUGUUGCUGUCAUUGUCGUCUGUGGACUGGUCAAGUCUCUGAUUCGCCAUUUUCAAAUCAGGUGGCUUCCAGAAGCGGCUGGAUGCGUUCUUGUUGGUGUGGGCGCGGGUUGGGCUAUCUCUUACUUCCCUCACCACGCCUUUAGUUUCGAUGAUCACUGGUUUCUACGUGUAAUGGUGCCUCCUAUCAUUUUCGAAGCAGCUUUGAGCAUUGACAAACGCGCCUUCAAUCGACAUGUAGUUCCUAUUCUGUUGUUUUCAUCGUUUGGAACACUGUUUGCAACCUUGAUGACAGCUAGUAUUGUCCAUAAUCUCAGUCAGAUGCUGGACUGCCGAACGAUUCCAUUCAUUGAGUCUAUGACGUUUGGUGCAUUGAUCUCUUCGAUUGAUCCAAUUGCUGUUCUUAGUGUCCUCAACAACAUGGGGAUGACUGAUACAGAUACAAUCUACGUUCUAAUUUUUGGAGAAUCGCUACUGAAUGACGGUAUUGCCAUUGUUCUUUUCGACACUUUGUUACAUUUUUUGGAUGAGAAUAUGAAGGGCGAUGUGUAUGCAGUUGCUGCGGCUGGCAUUCACUUUAUGGUCGUGGCAAUUGGUUCACUCUUGGUCGGUCUCGGUUCUGGAAUUUGCUGCGCUCUAUACUACUGGAUCAUGCAUGGUUGCCAGCAACCUUUGGUGGAGAUCCUUACCUUCUGCUGCUGGGCACUUUUGCCAUACUAUAUCUGCGAUGGUAUUGAUUGGUCUGGUAUUGUAGCUGUUGUGGCUGCUGGUUUCGUAAUGGAUAUGUUUGUAGUGGGACAGCAUCACCAGCUGGAGGAGAAAAUUGCAGUCGAUUCCAACUUCGAAUCGAACGGACCUCGACGACGCAAGGUUCGACCGGUGUUUGGAAGAGAAGGGCAUCUAUCUCCCGAGGCGAAACUGCAUAUUCAUUUUGUGACAGAAAUCAUGGCUACAAUGAUGGAGACAGCUAUUUUUGCAUACCUUGGACUCUUUCUGUUCAGCGCUCGAUACCAUUGGAAUUUUUCCCUUUCCUUUAUUGCAAUUUUUGCGUGCUUGGUUGGGCGAGCAGUUAUGAUUCCAUCCUUGAGCAUUGUUGCGAACUGGUUCACCAGAAGGGAGCACAAGAAUUCGGGUUGCUGUUCCCCGCAACUUCCAGUAUCGGAACCAGGCGAAACAAAGCAACCGAACGCUGCUGGUGUUAUUGUCGACAAAAAGAUGCAACUAGUCCUGUGGUUUGCUGGCUUGCGUGGAGCAAUGUCGUUUGCUCUCGUGGAGAGUAUCCCACUUUAUGAUCCAGUCAGUGGCGAAGGUACCAAAUUGAAGUCAGAAUUGAAAGCUAUGACAUCGGCUUGCAUCAUAUUUACGGUAUUCGUGCUUGGAGGCCUAACCUACUACAUGAUGGAAUUUCUGGGGUUGGCACCAUCGACCGGUACCUCUAGCACCGACGGAAAUAGCGGGCAAGAAAUGGUAUCUUUGAUGACUAGUACCGGUAAUGAAGAAGACUACGAAGAACCAGAGGAAAAGAGUAUGAUGAUGGACAAGAAAGAAACACCUCCAAGGGGCAACAGAUUUCGACAAAGAAUAAGGGAAUAG